GCAAUUUUUAUUUGUUGAUCCAUAAAAAACCAUCAAAAUACCACCAAUUAUGGCCAAGGACGAAGAAGAUGAUUUGUUGCCCGAUAAGGAUGCCGCCAAAGGUUUCUAUGCCAAAUAUGAACCCAAAGAAAUUUUGGGAAGAGGCAUAAGUUCCACGGUACGAAGAUGCAUCGAAAAAGAAACUGGCAAAGAAUUUGCCGCAAAAAUCAUUGAUUUAGGUGCUGGCACAGAAACCGGUGAUACAAAUCCAUAUCAUAUGUUAGAAGCUACUAGACAAGAAAUCUCAAUACUCAGACAAGUAAUGGGUCAUCCCUAUAUAAUCGACUUACAAGACGUUUUUGAAUCGGAUGCUUUUGUCUUUUUGGUAUUUGAACUAUGUCCCAAGGGUGAACUAUUCGAUUAUUUAACAUCUGUUGUAACAUUAUCGGAGAAAAAGACCCGCACCAUAAUGAGGCAAAUAUUUGAGGGUGUUGAAUAUAUACACUCAAAGAAUAUUGUACAUAGAGACUUAAAACCCGAAAAUAUUCUAUUAGAUGAAAAUCAUAAUGUGAAAAUAACCGAUUUUGGUUUUGCGAGGCAACUAAAAGAUGGUGAAAAAUUAUCAGAUCUUUGUGGUACCCCAGGAUAUUUAGCACCCGAAACACUUAAAUGUAAUAUGUUUGAAGGUUCACCGGGCUAUGGCCGAGAAGUGGAUAUUUGGGCCUGCGGUGUCAUAAUGUUUACCUUAUUGGUAGGCUGUCCGCCUUUUUGGCAUCGCAAACAAAUGGUUAUGCUGCGCAAUAUUAUGGAAGGCAAAUAUAGUUUUACAUCACCAGAAUGGGCGGAUAUAUCAGAAGAUCCAAAGGAUCUGAUAAGAAAAUGUCUAGUCGUUGAUCCUGCACAAAGGAUAACAGUACAAGAAGUAUUACAACAUCCAUUCUUUAAUCAAAUGUUGUUCGAGCAAAAUAUCGACGGUCUCAAGCGCAGUCUCUCACUCAAAUCUAGGAGAAUGAGUCGCAUCACUGAAAUUGCAAUGCUUCGUAAGCAGAGUCGUUUUAAUGCCCGUAAGAAAUUCCAAUUUGCCAUAUUGGUGAUUAGAGCAGUUAUCCGCAUCAGAAGAUUGCGUUACACUGCUGAACCGCUACAUGUUGAAGAGGCUAUACGGGAUCCUUAUAGAGUUAAGGUAUUGCGUAAGGUUAUUGAUGGCUGUGCCUUCAGAGUAUAUGGUCAUUGGGUUAAGAAGGGUGAAGGCCAAAAUCGUGCCGCCCUCUUUGAAAAUACCCCACGCACUGAACUCCAUGCCCUGUAUAUUAACAAUUUAAGUCGAUAGUUUAGCUCAUUCACUCCUUGUU